CAUGGUUCAGAAAGAAACUCACGUCGGUGAUCCUGCCAAAUAUGCCUCUUAUAGGUUAUGCGACCGACAAUAGUGUACAUUUAUUUUAAAUUUGCUGUAAACGAGCCUGAGCGUCUGUGGUACUAGUUUUGAGCCGAAUAAUUGACGCACAGUUCUUAAAUAUAUGCGUAUAUGGUGUAAGCGAAAUAAGAUUGUUUACGGAAUUGCGGUACGUCGGUGACGGCCGGCAAUUGACAACCAAAACGAAGAGGUCAACGACAGGGAGUUCCUUUGUCGAGAUAGUGAUUAGUAUUUUCGGAGUGAUAGGCCGAAGUAAUAAGAUAUCGUAAGACCGCGAAGAGGCGCGAGUGCCCGGGUGGGGGAGGGGUGCGACGGGAGAGACACGUGGACUGCCUGACAGGAAGUUUAUAUCACCAAGUCGUAUCUUGGAACAUUUAAAUAACGUUCAGAAACGGUUCGAACGACAUGUCCGAGACACGAUGCGACGCAACAUAGUGAGUCUGGUUAAAUUCCUCUUCCUUGCAUUAGUCACGAUCUUCCUCACCGUCGUCGUAUUCCGAUACGUACGACAUCCACAGUUUCGCACCGAAUCUUUACCCCUUAAGGACCUUGUUCACGAUCGUAGGGUUGUAGGUAGUGAUAAACGCGAAUUUCUUCCCCAUCCCGAUGAGCUUAUUGGGGGUUCUGCACUCGCAGCUCGCGGCCAAAGCGAUGACAACGAGCGAGGAAUGCAGGAUGUUGUCGAAGAGAACGUUAAGAUCGACUGGCACGACUACGAGCAAAUAUUGCAAGAGAAGAAGAGGGUUGGCCUGGGAGAACACGGGCUGCCCGCAUCUCUAUCGGGAAGCGACGACGUGGUGAAGGCAUCGCUGUACAAAGUGAACGGAUUCAACGCUGCACUGAGCGACAAAAUAUCGUUGAACCGUUCGGUCCCGGACAUCCGGAACACCGGAUGCAAGGCGAAGAAGUACCUAAAGAACCUCGAUCCAGUCUCGGUAAUAGUCUCGUUCCACAACGAGCAUCUCAGCACACUCAUGCGAACCUGCUGGAGCGUCGUAAAUCGUUCGCCAGCCUCGCUUUUGCAGGAAAUAAUAUUGGUCGACGACGCGAGCACGAAACCAGAGCUGGCCGGUGAACUGGACAGAUAUGUGGCCGCAAAUCUGCCAAAGGUCAAAGUUAUCAGACUGCCAUCGAGGUCGGGUCUGAUACGGGGCAGGCUGGCCGGUGCCAAGGCCGCGACGGCCAAGGUCCUCGUGUUCCUCGAUUCCCACACCGAGGCCAACGUCAACUGGCUACCCCCGCUGCUCGAGCCCAUCGCCCUCGACUAUAGGGUUUGCGUCUGUCCGUUCAUAGACGUGAUCGCCUUCGAGACAUUCGAGUACCGGGCCCAGGACGAGGGGGCCCGGGGCGCCUUCGACUGGGAGCUUUACUAUAAGCGGCUACCACUGCUACCUGAGAGCGCGAAGCACCCGACCGAACCGUUCGAGAGCCCCGUGAUGGCCGGGGGACUCUUCGCGAUGAGUGCCAAGUUCUUCUGGGAACUUGGGGGGUACGAUACCGGGCUCGAUAUUUGGGGCGGCGAACAAUACGAGUUGUCCUUCAAGAUCUGGCAAUGCGGGGGACGGAUGUACGACGCCCCGUGCUCGCGGGUAGGUCACAUUUACCGCAAAUUUCCACCCUUUCCGAAUCCCGGUCGCGGCGACUUUCUGGGAAAGAAUUACAAGCGCGUUGCCGAGGUUUGGAUGGACGAGUACGCGGAGUAUAUAUACCGCCGUAAGCCGCACCUGCGGUCCCUGGAUCCCGGGAAUUUAACCGAACAACGGGCUCUCAGAUCUAAACUCGGCUGCAAGUCGUUCAAGUGGUUCAUGGAGACGGUCGCGUUUGACCUCGCCGACGUCUAUCCACCCAUCGAACCUGAUGAUUUUGCCUACGGGGAGAUAAGGAACAUUGGAGCCCCGGAGUUGUGCCUCGAUUCGAAGAACAAGCACCGGGACGAGGAUAUUGCCGUUGACUUUUGCAAAAAGGACAACGCCAAGUUGGCCGGUGAACAGGAGUUCCGGUUAACGUGGCACAAAGAUAUACGCCCGAAGGGGAAAACCGACUGUCUGGACGUUUCGCGGGGCGACGGAAAGGCCCCCGUUACUCUCUACCCUUGCCACGGGAAGCAAGGAAAUCAAUUGUGGCGCUACGACGUCGGGAAACAGUGGCUCGUCCACGGGUACAACAACAGGUGCAUGGACCUGGACCCUGCCAGAAAAAAGGUGUUAGUUACAACGUGCGACGCUUCGGCAUCGACCCAAAAGUGGCGAAUUGAGACCGUCGAUAUGAAGGCUAUGAACAAUUGGGAAAAUUCGGGUCCUAAAGGAAGCAAUUGACGCUGAUAACAAUGAACAAUUUUCAUGUUUGAUACGAAGUUGAGAAUCCUAUACAAUAGACCUUGGUGUCAAAAUAGUCACACUGGUUUGUCGUAAAAAUGAUAAUGUAGGAAUGCGCAGUUGGCUAUACAUGGAACAUAAACAUUAGUAUACUGACAAUGAGCUGUAUAAAUACAGGCCACCUGCGUGUUUAUAUGUAUAUAUAAACAGGUGAAAUCUUUGAAUACGUUUGCAACUACGUGACGUUCUAUGCAAGAGAUGAAGAUAACACUUUUUUAAUCUGCAAAACAUUGCUUCAUAUUUUUCGCGUGACAUUGUAUUGGUUUACGAGCGUUUCAUUUCCAAACAGUACAACAAAUAACGCGAUGACGAAGCAUCGCGUUAGCGUUGAAAUCGUUAAAUGUAAAGUGAUUUUGAAUUUUAUUAAUCAAUCACAAUUAUGUGUACAUACGUAUAUAACACAUGCUCAAUUACCCCCAAUUGUACCAGAGGUGCGCGGCUAUAUCGUUGAUUUUUCACUAAAUAUUUAUUGACAGUAGUUUCGCGCGGGUCAAGGGUAUAAUAUGUAUACUAUAUCUAUUAAUCAGUUAACCCCGUAUCCUUACGAGUGGUUUUGCCUACGUAUGUAUUAGUAAAAUUUUCACUGUAAGUUAACGUAUGUAUGACAUUUCAUAAAAUUUCUACGUAUCUAUUACAUGUAUAGGUAUGUUGGAAAUAUGGUGCAAUAAGGCGCAGAAAAAACAUAUCACCCUUCACAAUUCUCGUGAAAACGAUAUAUUGUUGAAGAUGUAGAUAGUUUUUGAAUAGUGCCUUGCUAUUUGAUUUAUCUUUGAGAUUAUGUAACAACGUAGAAAGUUCUUUGAGUGAACGAAUUCAAGCUGUAAGUCUUGAUAAAA